UACAAUGGGCACUAAUCAACCUUACGCGUGGCCUAGUCAAAGUGUUGUGGAAUUUAAAGAAGUUGUUUUGAUGUACAGGAACCAUUUAGUGCCAUCGUUGAAAGAGAUAACAUUCGUUACUCGACCAGCGGAAAAAAUAGGCGUCGUUGGUCGCACCGGUGCUGGAAAAAGUUUGUUCCUAUCUUCGUUGUUUAGACUGACAGAGAUCAGUUCUGGGAGUAUAUUAAUCGACAACGUGAAUAUUCAAACGUUACAACUGAACACAUUAAGAUCCCAUUUAGCAAUUAUACCUCAGAAUCCGUUUCUUAUCUUGGGUACUAAUCGAGAGAAUGUGGAUCCGUUGGAUCAGUAUACCUAUAUGCACAUAUAUACAAAACCUUUGAGAAAUGUAAAGUGCAUUCUUUUUUUCAUCGAUUGGAUGGUUUGGAUGCAGUCUUGGAUGAAGGUGGUAGUAAUCUCAGCACUGGGCAGAGACAAUUGUUCUGCUUAGUCAGAGCUGUGCUACACAAUGCAAAGG